GCAGCAUUUUUAUCUUUGUUGAGAGAAUCCGAAUGCAAAACCUAAUGAUCUCUGUUUUUGUUUCUCUUUGAAUUUUGCUUCGAAUCUCCAUUGAAAUCUGUAUACAGAAGGAUGAUUUCAAAUCCAAGUUUAUUGUCUUACACUUGCAUUGCGAAAGGAACCGUAGUUCUCGCUGAGUUCGUUUCCAAGGAAGAGCCAGGAAUCGAAGCUGUAGCUUUACGAUGUAUCGAGAACACGCCUCCACAUCAUUCAAUGUUCUCUCAUACAGUUCACAAGAAGACGUACACAUUCGCAAUCGAUGAUCAUUCGUUUGUUUAUUUCGCGAUUUUGGAUGAAAGUAUGGAGAAACCUGAAUCAUUCUGGGUUUUGAAUCGUCUGAGAUCAGCUAUUGAAGAUCUGAUUAGAGACGGUGGAUCUGAUGUUGAAACGUUGAUUAAUCCUGUUUCGCAUUGUCUUCAAUCAAAGCUUGAUCCAGUUUUCGCGGAGAUUGUUGGUGUUGUUGAUGUUGAUUUGGAAUUGGACAUGGAUUUGGUUGGAUCACCAAGGAGCGUAGCGAGAGAGAGUCGGAAUCCGAGUAUUGAUUCAUCUAAAGGAAGAAGAGCUGCUUUGAUGCCACUUUUGGGGAAGCCAUUGAAGGCGUUGAAGAAGAAGAAGAGAUUGCAUAAUGAAGCAAAAGGAGAAGAUUCGUGUGAGGUUGGUUCGAUCAAGGAGAUAUCAGAGAAGAAUGUUGAUUUAUGUGGGAAUGGUAACAAUGGAGUCUUACGCAAGGAACUGAGAAAUGGGUUGUUGAGUGAUCAUCAUCAUAGACAAAAGGCGAAACAGAUAUGGAAGAAACAUGUUUGGGUUGUGUUGAUGUUUGAUUUCUGCAUCUGUGCUGUUUUAUUUGGAAUCUGGCUUUGGAUUUGUGAAGGGUUUCAGUGCAUUCAAGGGUAAAAGUUAUCAUCAUCUGUGUACAUCUCCAAAUUCAUAUUGUUUGAAUCUGCAUCAAAAUUUGAUCAUGGACAUCUUUUUUUUCUUCUUGGUAUUCGUUUUUUGGAUCAAAUCUGAUCCCUUUUUUCUGUUAUU